AUGGAGAAGGAAUUUGAGAUCAUGGUACCUCAGCAACCCGAAUACAGCAUGAGACCAUCAAAAGACCUCCCUGCCACAGGGGCCAUCACCCCGCCGGGGGAUUCGGUGGAGGAAACAUUGAUGUCGCUCAACAAAGAACCUCUUACUCCAUCUCCAUCGACUGAGAAGGAAAAUGAGAUAGAUGGGAUUUGGCAGCAAGUGGCCGAUCAAUGCCAUUGCUCCUUGGAAGAGAUUGAAGAUGUAUAUGCCUGCACUGCCCUCCAGGAAGCCAUGAUAGCCCUCACGUUCAAAGACCCAAGAGCAUACACCAUCGAACACGAAUACCGUCUGCCACGAGAAAUUGACCACCAUAAGCUCCAAGAGGCUUGGAUUACGACGGCCCAAGCCAACCCGAUCUUGAGGACUCGCAUGAUUCCAACUAGUCAGCGCGGAUGUGUGCAGGCAGUGGUGCGGGGAUCAAUUCCAUGGCAGGUGCAGGAGACCGACGACGGCAUAAAUGGCGAAAUUACCAGCCCGUCCUGGCGAGCAGGCGCCCCGCUGGCGUAUUUCUUCUUCAACAUCACCGAACAUAAGCUGAAAGUGACAAUCCACCAUUCCAUCUGCGACCAUUGGUCUAUGGCAUUGUUGUUGCGCCAGGCCGAUGCUGCCUACAGAGGCGAAGAACUGUCUUUCCACCCCUUUCGGCCGCUAGUGGAUCAUGUACAGCGGACCCAAGACAAAGCCAAUGAUUUCUGGGGGUCCAUGUUCCGUGAUGCACACGAGGCCACAAUGAGGGCGUUUCCUCAACUACCCACAGUGGGUCAUUCUGCCAGACCAACCGAGCGGCUAGAGAGGUCCUUUAACAUCCAAUCCGGAAAUGGUUCCUCAAGCACGGUCGGCACCAAGUUCCGGUUGGCGUGGGCGAUUCUGCAAUCGGUCUAUACUGACUCUGACGAUACCUUAUUUGGAGCAGUCAACGCUGGUCGUGCAGUGUCCGUUGAGGGAGUCCAGGACUUGAGCGGACCUGCACUCGCUAGCGUACCGGUGCGCAUCAAGCUGUGCGGGAAGAGUACUGUUUCAGAUGCGUUGGUUGCAGUACAGGACGAAUGGGCGGCAUCUAUGGGGUUCGAACAUGUUGGAUUGCAAAAUCUGCUUCGCCUUGGACCUGGUCCAGCAGCAGCGUGUCAUUUCCAGACUCUGCUCUCGGUCGAGCCUCGGGAUGGCCAUCAACUUCCCGAUAUAUUCUCUCAGAGUCGAUCGACACAAUUGACAUAUGAUAUGUAUCCGUUGAUCCUAAGAUGUCGCCCCUCGACCAUGACAAUGUGGAUUGAGGCUUCUUUUGACCCGGCGGUAACGGAGCCCAUUCAAAUGGAGCGAAUUCUCUCCCAAUUCAUCCAUAUAUACGAGCAGAUCGACACUAAACCGGGCCUCACAAUUUCCGAAAUCAGUCUCGUAAGCCCCGAAGAUUUGAGCGAUCUCCGCCGCCAGAACAUCUUGACAAAGCGCCCUGAUGCCAUGCCGUGUGUUCAUUCUCUAAUUGAAAGACGCGUGCGACAACAGCCUCUUGCCCCGGCAAUCAGUAGCUGGGAUGGCAGUUAUUCAUACUUAGCCCUUGAUGAAUUGUCUUCAGUAUUGGCUGGCCAUCUUGCUUGGCAUGGUGUUGGCCCUGGGUCAUUUGUACCUCUUCUCUUGGGAAAGACUAAGUGGAUGGCGGUCGCUAUGCUUGCUGUCAUGAAAUCUGGUGCUGCAUUUGUGCUGCUAGAGCCAUCACAUCCACAGUCCCGGUUACGGAAUAUGUGCGAAGCUGUUGCAGCUCCUCUCGUAUUGACUUGCGGCUGUCAUAUUGACCUGGCGGCCAAGCUUGGGAUUCAAACGUUGUUCAACGUGGAAACCUUCGACCCGGAGCAACCGCAUUCCCAUACCUCAUCUAAGAAGUCCUCCGUCAGUCCGCAGGACCCCAUGUAUCUCACGUUUACCUCUGGAUCCACAGGAACCCCCAAAGGUGUAAUAGUUCAUCACGAAGGCUAUGCUUCAAGCUCCGUAGCUCAUGGCAAACCAUACCACUUCACUCCGGGGUCGCGUGUGUUACAAUUUGCCUCUCCUGCCUUCGACUCCUGCAUUAUCGAGCACCUGAGUACGCUUAUCAACGGAGGAUGUGUUUGCAUUCCAUCAACGGAUGACUGCCACAGUCAUCUUGUGGAAGCUAUGAACCGCUUUGCUGUAGACGUUGCGUGCCUGACGCCCAGUGUCACCCGGAUCAUUAGUCCGGACAGCGUUCAGACCUUGAAGGUAUUGAUGUUCGUCGGAGAGGCAGUUCUCGCUAGCGAUGUUGUCCGCUGGGAGCCUUUUGUGCACGUUGGAAAUGCCUACGGCCCAGCGGAGUGCUCAGCAGUGUUCAGCGUGCAACCAAAUCUCAAGAGCAACGAUCCAGCGAACAUAGGGUUCAGCACAGGUGGAUCUGGAUGGGUCGUUCAUCCGGAAGAUCAUCGUGUGCUCAUGCCACAGGGAUGCACUGGAGAAUUAUUAAUAGAAGGACCAAUCGUUGGCAAGGGUUAUCUAUCGAAUCCCGAGCAGACGGUUCGGGUCUUCGUCGAAGCACCCCCCUGGCGCCUACAACUUGGCUCCCCUCCAUCCGGAAAAUUGUACAAAAGCGGAGAUUUGGUGCAAGCCACUGGGGAUGGUAGUUUCCGAUACUUCGGACGGAAGGAUACUCAGGUCAAGCUACACGGACAGCGUUUGGAACUGGCGGACAUUGAGUACCAUCUUCACAAAGCAUUUCCGAAAGCCCGCCAGACCCUUGCAGACGUUCUUCGGUCAUCUCCUCAGAACAGCAUCAAUGAUCAUCGACCGGAGGCUUUGCUGGUAGCAUUCAUAUGUCUCCCUGCGUCUUCGGAAGAUGAUGGCAAUCCUCAAGCCCAGUUCCUUCCUCCAACCGACGAGUUUCGUGAAGCUUGUGCUGCGGCAGAGGCCACCAUGUCGGAUGUUCUACCAUCUUUCAUGAUCCCGCGGUUUUACCUACCUCUAUCCCAUGUACCUCUGACGCCAUCUGGAAAGACCAAUCGACGUUCUAUCCAGGAGCAGGCCAAUAAGCUGUCCUUGGAGCAGAUGAAGGCUUAUCGAGCUGUAAAAAUGCAACCGGAGGCGCCGUCGACCUCCCGCGAGGAGAAGCUUCAAGAGAUCUGGGCCAAGACGCUAAACCGAACUGUUGAAGAAAUCGGAACCACGGAAAGCUUUUUCCGCCUGGGAGGAGAUUCUGUCAGCGCGAUGCAAGUUGCUGCAGGCUGUCGCACCGUCGGCCUCAAAGUAGCUGUUGCUGAUAUCUUCCGGUUUCCAAGCAUCAGGCAACUGGCUGAAAAGAUCCAAGAUUCCGGAUCCGUUUCUUUGGCCACAGCCGGAGUGGACGAUCAAACAGAUGUGUGGUUUGAGCUCUCCCCAAUCCAGAAGCUCUUCUUUGAACGAGUGCCCAAUGGUCACAACAAGUUCACCCUCGAGUUCAUUCUUCGGCUCGGCAAGCCCCUUCCACCUCCUGAGAUUAAACGAGCGAUCGAGAAGAUUGUUUCCACUCAUUCAAUGCUCCGCGCCCGUUUUGAACAACGAGCAGACGGUCAAUGGGGACAGGUUAUUGGCCCUGAUGUGUCUAGAAGCCUUCGGUUUAGAGAGCACCGGGUGCCAUCUAUCAACGACCGUGCAGCCUUGCAGAGGAUUUUGUCAACCAGCCAGAGCACACUUGAUAUCGUCCAGGGAGUGAUGAUCGUUGUUGACAUUAUCACUACAGAUGCCGGAGAGCAGUUCUUGGGGUUGAUGGCUCAUCAUCUUGUGAUUGACCUAGUAUCAUGGCGCAUCGUUCUGCAAGACCUGGAAGAUAUCCUCAGCACGGGCCCAAUGGUCCCGACUGCAAAAAGGCUAUGCCAGCGCCUCCUUAACCCAAGUGAAACGCUGAAGACAGAAAUCCCACGUCCAUCAAUGGAGUACUGGGGCUCAGAGGCUAUCCUGAGUGAGAACACCUGGGCGGAUGCAACGCGACGAACCAUAACAGUAUCGCAGGAAACAACGGAGGCAAUAAUUGGUGCUGCAAAUGGCGCAUUCCACACCCAGCCAGUGGAAAUCAUUCAGGCAGCCGUACUUUACGCCUUUGUUCAGGCCUUUGACAACCGACCUGCACCCACCAUGUUCAGCGAAGGACACGGGAGAGAGCCUUGGGAUCCGGAAAUUGAUAUAUCCCGCACAGUUGGGUGGUUCACCACUAUUGCACCUUUGUUUUUGGAUGUCAAGAGAGAGGACAACGUCAGGAGGAUCUUGCAGCUGACGAAAGACGGCCGGCGUAGCAUAUCCACCAACGGAUGGGCGUACUUUGCGUCGCGAUUCCUCCACCCCGAUGGACCGGAAAAAUUCAAGACUCAUUCCCCAAUGGAGAUUCUUUUCAACUACACCGGCCUUUUCCAACAAUUUGAACGACCGGGUGCCCUCCUUCAGAUGACGUCAGUCCAAGAUGAUUCUCUUCUCCCCAUGGCGGCUGACUUGCCGCGCAUGGCUCUCAUUGAUGUGAACGCAACCGUCAUGAACGGCUCUCUCAACUUGUCCUUUAUAUAUAACCAACGAUUGCAGCAUCAGGAUCGACUUGAGCAAUGGAUCAGCAAUUGCCUACAAACCCUUGAGGAACUCCCCAUGGAGCUGCAGCAGGAGCAGCGACUAGCCGCUGUCGACUUCCCACUGCUAUCAUUUGCAAGCGAAGACCAUCUCCACAGUCUACUCCAUCAGGUAUCAGGUCGAUUCGAUGUUUCUCCGUCUGGAAUAGAGGAUAUGUUCCCUUGUUCACCCAUUCAACUCGGCAUGUGGCUGAGCCAAUUGAGAAACCCUCAAGUAUACUGGUCGCAUAUCCGGUGGUCUCUGUCCCCAACGUCCGCCAACUCCCCAAUCGAUAUCACUGAGGUGAAGCAAGCAUGGCAGCAGGUUGUUGACCGUCAACCCAUCUUGCGCACCGUCUUCGCCGAUGGCGUCAAAGGGCACGGUCAUCCUGUCCAAGUAGUUCUGAGAUCUUGCGAGGCAAACAUCAAGGUGUUGUCGAGUUCAGAAUUGCGUGCGGAGGGCAAAGUCCCGUCUCUUUCGGAUGAGUUCCUGCUGAAUCCAAAAUCAUCAAACACAAAGGGUCGCCCACCACAUCAGCUUACCGUCGCAAUUGAGCCUCAUGGCGGAGCUUAUUGCCAACUAGCUAUCCACCACAUUCUUGUUGACGGUAUCACAGAGCAAAGGCUGUUGUCAGAAUUCCACCAAGCAUGCAAUGGAGCACUAGACGCCGAGUCUGCGGGCAGCUAUAGCAGGUACCUCGGUUAUCUGCAAAGUCGGGACCAUAAGGCCUCGGAGUCGUAUUGGAAGGAAUACUUGACUGAUGUUCAUCCAUGUGUUUUCCCAUCUCUUGGGUUGAAAGACCAUGGGACCGACGCAAGCUCUCUGAAGUCAUUACCGUUCUCCAUGGAUAUUGCACAAGAUCUCCGCUCAUUCUGCCAGCAUCAUAGCAUCACCAUUUCCAGUCUGCUCCAAGUCGCUUGGGGUAUUGUUCUCCGUGUGUACACAGGAAACGAGUCUGUAUGCUUCGGGUAUCUGAAUGCUUGCCGUGAUAUUCCGGUGCAAGACGCGCACAAUAUCUCCGGGCCUUUGAUCAAUCUUUUGAUUUGUCGACUAUCUUUAGCGGAUGAAUCAUCUGUUCUGUCAACCCUUGCCGGAAACCAUGCGGCCUACGCGCGAAGCCUUGAUCACCAACAUUGCUCUUUGGCAGAGGUCAUGCAUUCUUUAAACCGCUCCGGCCAACCUUUGUUCAAUACCGCGAUGUCGUUACAAAAUGACGCGGGCAGUCUGUUUCCUGAAAAAUCUGAAAGGAUUAAAUUGCAACCAGAAGAUGGAAUCGACUCAACUGAGUAUGACUUGACUAUCAAUAUCACUUCGCGUGAAGCGACCAUCGAUUGUGAUCUUACAUACUGGACACACGCUGUGGCUGAAGCUCAGGCUGAACUGGUGGCCGACACAUUUUCUCAUGUCGUUCUGCAGCUUAUUGAUCCCACAAUCAGCAACCUAAGCGACAUCAAUCUGUCAAUGGGGAAGAAUGAGAUUCAGAUGCUUGAUUUCAAUUACAACCUACCGCAAACUGUGCGAUCUUGUAUUCACACAGACAUACAACGAAUUACGGCGGCGCAACCGACAUCUCCUGCAGUCGAUUCCUGGGAUGGUCAAUUGACAUAUGAGACUCUCGACCUUCUUUCUUCUCUAUUGGCUACAGACCUGGUCUGCCUUGGUGUCGGUCCGGAGGUAUUUGUGCCAGUAUGCCGUGAACGAUCCCUAUGGACAGUUGUCGCAAUAAUUGCCAUCAUGAAGGCAGGUGGAGCAUUCAUCUUGCUUGACCCGUCGCAUCCAGCAGAGAGACUGCAAGAGAUGGUGCAAGUGGACUUCCAGUGUCCAGUUAUCAUCACGUCAUCGAAGUACCUUGAGCUUGCAGCCAGUCUAGCGCCGAACCCCAUCAUCGUGGAGGACCUCAGCGAAAUGUCGCAGUCACGCAUUCUGAAAGACAGUGCCCCAUCGGUCACUAGUCCGAAGUCCGCUGCGUAUGCUGUUUUUACGUCUGGCUCGACCGGUAGGCCCAAGGCAAGCGUCAUCGAGCACCAGUCGUUCCUGUCAGCAUCAGCUGCGCAUACCCAGGUACUUCGUCUUGAUAGAAAUGCCCGGGUCAUACAAUUCGCCUCGUAUGCUUUUGAUGCUAGCAUUGUGGAAAUGAUCGACACUCUUCUGGUCGGUGGCUGUAUCUGUAUUCCCUCCGACGGAGACCGAAACCAGAGACUGGGUCAUGCAAUCCGCGAGAUGCGAGUAAACUGGGCGCUGCUGACCCCUUCUGUUGCACGAAUCCUAAAUCCGCAGCACGUUUCGACGUUGGAAACACUUGUGCUCGGUGGAGAGGGCAUGACUAGGGACGAUGUCCGUCGCUGGUCAUCGCAUGUACGCUUAAUGAAUGCCUACGGUCCUUCAGAAUGCUCUGUCAUUGCCGCGGCCCAGCCAUCGCCGCAAUACCUCUCACAAGAUGAAUCAAAUAUUGGACACCCUGCUGGUUGUGCCGCAUGGGUGGCGCAUCCAAACGGAGCAGAGAAACUCUUACCUGUGGGUGCUGUGGGAGAACUGCUCAUCGAUGGUCCUAUUGUCGGUCGCGGUUACGUUAAUCGCCCGGAGGCAAUGGCAACGGCAUUCAUUCCAUACUCCACUUGGCUACGCAAGAUCCGUGGUUCCCGAAAGGGCAUCUUGUACCGAACAGGUGACCUUGUGAGGCGUCUUGUGGAUGGCUCUAUACAAUACAUCGGGCGGAAAGACCGUCAAGUCAAGCUGCGUGGGCAGCGUAUAGAACUUGCCGAAGUUGAGCACCACGUUCAGCAGUGCUUCCCUAUCAGCGACCCUGAAGUCUUUGCAGACUUGAUCUCACCAGGCGAUGCCAAAGAUGCACACUUGGUGGCCUCCAUUAUCCAACCAGCAGACAGUUGCGAUUCUAAUGAUUUCGAGGCGGCCGUGGAGCAGAUGCAAUCGCGUCUUCGGGCAGAUGUUCCAGCUUCUCUUAUUCCAUCUGCAUUUAUUCCUGUCUAUCAGGUACCACGAUUGGUGAAUGGAAAGAUUGACCGAAAACAACUCCGGCAUGCAGCAUCUCAAGCGCUACGAGCACAGAUUGGUAAACAGGCGACCACCCACCACCUGCGACAGUUAAGAGAAAUGACUAAAGGCGAACUUGCUUUGCAAAAUUGCUGGGCUGAAGUUCUGGCUCGCCCUGUGGAAACUGUCGGACCUGACGACAACUUCUUCCGCUUGGGCGGAGACUCGAUCGCAGCAAUGAAGCUGGCUGCCGCAGCUAGCGAGCAAGGCAUACAACUGGGAGUCUCGGAUAUUUUCUUGCAUCCUAAGCUUAGCGAUCUCGCACUGAAUUGCUCACUUCCAGAUCCAGAGCUGAAGGAGCGGGCGAACUCCGAACCAAAUGAAGUGGAUGAUUCCGUGCCCCCGUUUUCAAUGCUCUCGCCAAAUCACCGCGAAGAAUUGAAAACCCAAGCAAUGGAACAAUGCAGCCUCUCGAGAGAGCAGAUCGCAGACAUAUACCCCUGUACCGCAUUGCAGGCCGGUAUGACAGCUUGGGAGACGGUAGCGAAGCACAACGGAAUUCUGCGCACCCGAUUCAUUCAUUCGGAGUUUGGCUUCAUGCAAGUCCUGGUACAGAACACCGAGCUUCACUGGAUUUCGGGGGACACGAAGGGAGAGAAAAAGUUACAAUGGGACGUUCUUUUAGGCCAGCCACUAGUGCAGUUCGAAGUCAUCCCGGUGCCGAACGAGGAUUCCAGCAUAGAUCAGCAACUGGACCUGAUUAUCACCAUUCAUCAUGCUCUUUAUGACUCCUGGUCACUGCCUCUGCUUGUGCACCGCGCACAAGCGGCCUACCAAGGCCAGCUAUUGGAUCCCUCCGAUAUGACUCCAUUCAAAGAAUUCAUCAAGUAUUCUAUGUCGCAACAGAAGGACGCAGUCGAACACUGGCGUCGUGAAUUCCACGAACUUACCGCCGAGCCAUUUCCCACACUUCCUUCCACAUCAUAUCGGCCUCAGGCGUCGAAACAAACGGUACGAACGAUUGAGACCGGUCCGGUGAUGGAUGAAUGUGUCAGUCGAACCACCGUCAUUCGUUUCGCAUGGGCCCUUGUUCAGUCUCAUUACCAGAGUAAUGACGAUGUGGUAUUUGGCAUUGUGUCCCCUGGCCGAGCAGCGUCCGUCAAUGGUAUCGAGGGCAUGGCUGGUCCAACAAUUGCCACGCUUCCUUUGCGCGUGCAGAUCGAUGAUAAUGCGACCGUCUCACACGCCCUCAGAGAUCUGCAAGAGCGGACAAUACAGCUCAUUCCAUUCGAACAGGUGGGACUACCUGAGAUUGCGGCCAUAGGACCGGAGGCAAAGCAAGCUUGUCUGUUCCAAACCCUAAUUGUGGAAGGGAGAGGAGAGGUUGAAAACUUGGGCACCGCAAACGGUCCUAUGGAACCCAUGGGAACAUCAUCGGGGGAUGCUGCGUCGAACACCUACGCCAUCCAAAUAGCCGUUAUGCUCAAGCCAAAUAUGGUGACUAUUGCAGUGUCCACUGAUGAAACUGUCAUUCCAGCAUGGCAAGUAGAACAUAUGCUGGACCAAUUCAGCCACAUUCUGCAGCAGGUGCACCGUCAUCCAGCAAAGCUGGUGCACGAAAUUGCUACACUGAAUGACAAGGAUAUUCAGCUGCUGCAAGCCUGGAACAUUGGAUUUCCGGCACGAUGUCCGGUGUCGGUCACCGAUGUGAUUUCUCAGCAUUGUGAGAGACAACCGUUGAGUCUAGCCGUCUCGUCGUCGAACUUCUGUCUAUCCUAUAAAGAACUAGACAUUCUUUCUAGCAACGUGGCCAGCCUUCUGCAAUUGCAGAGAGCAUCAUCAGAGGUCUUUGUUCCAAUAUACUUGGAUCGGUCAUGCUGGACUGUGGUAGCGGUGUUGGCCGUGCUCAAAGCAGGCGCAGCCUUCGUCCUUCUGGACACCUCACAUCCACAAGAGCGGCUUCGGGACAUAUGCGAACAAGUAAAGCCUCCUUUCAUUCUUACAUCGCCCGAGCAUCGUCAUGAAGCCAAGGCGCUGUUCCACAAUGUUGUGAUCAUGCCCCAGAGCAUCGACCGCGAGUGUGCAUCUAUAUCAGGUCAUAAGAUGACCCGUUCGGGUCUAGACCGUGCUCUUUAUGCGGUCUUCACGUCUGGUUCAACGGGUAAACCCAAGGGAGUUGUGAUUGAGGAUGGUUCCUUCAUGACAAUGAUCAAUGAAGUUUCCCAUUUGAUGGGUAUUGGCCCAGGUGCCCGCGUCCUGAACUUCUCCUCCUAUGCUUUCGACAUCAGCAUUACGGAAAUACUUGGUUCAUUGCUUGCGGGCGCUUGCAUCUGCGUUCUGACGGAGUCUGAGCGCAGGGGCCGAUUAACUGAGGCAUUGCAAGGGCUAGAGCCAUCUCAUGCCUAUUUAACCCCCAGUGUGUCGCGCGCAAUACUGCCAAACGAGUUGGGAUCACUCCGGACAAUCAUGUUCGGUGGGGAAGCCCUUCGGUCAAGCGACAUUAAGCAGUGGAUGCCACAUGCACAUAUAGUAGCUGGUUACGGUCCAGCAGAAUGCACGGCCACAUUUACUGUGCAGUCCGCAAUUGACUCUACCUCGCAAGGCGGGAAUAUCGGUUUCCCGAUUGCUGGCGCCUGCUGGGUAACCGACCCACAAAAUCCUAACCGAAUUGCUCCUAUUGGGGCUGUGGGCGAGCUGCUUCUUCAAGGACCUCUGGUGGGUCGCGGAUACUUGAACAGUCCGGACCAAACAGCGAUGAACUUCAUCUCAUCUCCAACAUGGAUGCGACGUGUUGGCUCCACUGGCGGUGGCCGGGUCUAUCGAACAGGCGACCUUGUUCGUUAUGAAGAGGACGGAUCCCUCACGUUUGUAGGACGAAAGGACCUCCAGGUCAAGCUACGAGGUCAACGCUUUGAGCUUGCUGAAGUUGAGAAGCGACUGCAGGAAAUCUGGCCCGAAGACCUGACGGACAUCGUGGCUGAGAUUGUGACACCGAAGGCUUCGAUGAAUUCAAAAUGCUUGGUUGUCUUUGUCGCUUCAAAAUCGACUGGGUCGGCUGCACUGGUGUCCACCGCGAUCCCUUCCCUGGAAAUUGUUGUCCCGACCAACUUUGCCGCCCAGGUUGCAAGCCUCAAACGCCAACUCUGUGACAUUCUGCCAGAUUAUAUGGUACCAUCUGCAUUCGUGCCGCUUCGGCGGAUACCUCAUAGCACCAGUGGCAAAGUAGACCGAAAGUUAUUGAGGGACUCGGCGGCGAGCGCAACGCGAGUGCAGCUAGAGUCAUUGUUCGCUGAAGCGCCUUCAGAUAAGCGAGUGCCCGCCAGCGGGACGGAACGGGAAUUGCAGCACAUCUGGGCGAAAGUACUCGAUAUCGCAGCGGACGAGAUUGGCGCUGAGGACAGCUUCUUCCAAUUGGGGGGUGAUUCCAUCUCAGCUCUCAAAGCUGCAUCGAGGGCUCGGGCAGCUGGGAUCCAGUAUACAGUGGAGAGUCUGUUCCAGUGGAAAACAAUAACCCGCGUUGCCGAACAUGCUACCAUCGUCAACUCCGCCGAUAUCAUAGAUGGGGCACAGACUGCAUCUUCCUUGCGGUCCCAUACACCAUACUCCCUGAUUACGGAUCACGAACGUGCAGAGCUUCUUGCUUCUCACUCCACAUCGGGACAUCCUUUGGUUAGAGAUAAUGUGGAAGAUAUCAUCCCGGCACUCCCAUUCCAAAUUUUCUACAUAACCCACGCAUCCCCAGUCUCGAUGGCACAAGUAUUCCCAGCGGCCCUCGACAUCAACAGACUGCAAAGCAUGUGCAGGCAGGUUGUGGCGCACCACAGCAUCUUACGCACAGUAUUUGUGGAGUCCAAUGGCCGAUUUUUCCAGGUGAUCCUCCGGGAUGUUGAGCCUGUGCUGAAUAUUGUUUACUGUGAUGAUCCAGAGGCAUAUGUUGCGCGAGAGUCCGAACGAAAGGCUCCACCCUCCACAGCCCAGGGUACAAUGCCAGUGAGCUUUACUCUCGUGACUAGCCGCACCAAACAGUGCACUGCAUUGAUUCUUCACAUAUCGCACGCGCAGUAUGAUGGGGCCUCCAUACCGUUGCUGUGGGCGACAAUCAAAAAGGCAUAUCAGAACGAGCCUCUCACACCGGCUGCGCAAUUCAAGGAUAUCGCUUAUAAGAGAAUGAGCGAUCUGAACAAGGCCGAGAUUUCAUUCUGGCAACGAUACCUUCAGGGCGCUCCGUCCGCUGCUCUCGAUCCCCUUGGUCAAACUGGAAAGGCACAGAUUUCAUAUAAUGACAUUGUCGAAAAGCGCCAAACGGAAAUGCCCUCUCCUCCACCGGACAUGACCGUGUCAACGCUGGUGAAAGCGGCUUUCUCAUGGGUCCUGUUUGAGAAAACCGCGCAAUCCGAUAUUAUUUUAGGUCAGGUUGUUCACGGACGUGGAAGUUCCUUCUUGGACGCGAAUACAGCUAUUGGGCCCUGCUUGAAUCACCUGCCUGUUCGAAUCAAGAUUGAACCUGACUCGACUGUGGAAACCUUCUUGCAUCAUGUUCAGGCACAGCAGCUAGAAAUCACUGCUCAUGACGAGGCAUCGUUCGACGCCAUCGCAGAAUGUUGCACAGAGUGGCAACCUGGCUCGAAAAUGGCUUGUCUUGUUCACCACCAGAGCGAAGAAGCCGCGGAGCCCUUCGAAAUGGGUGGUGUUCGCUCGUCAUCUGGUCGCGAUUGGGCUAGCUCCAAGUUGGCGCACGGUCAGCUGGGUAUCAUUUCUGUGGAACGCGGAUCGCAGCUUGAGCUUAUGGUCACAGCUACUGAGGAGACCAUGGACCAACGUAGCGUUGAGUUCCUGUUGGAGAAGCUGGUUUCUACCAUCCGGUUGUUCUCGAAGUUUACCCAAUGCCAGUUAGCAAGGGUGCCUAGCAGGAUCCACACAUGA